AUGUCAAUUAUUGCUGAUUAUGAUAUACAUUUACAAAUGCUGACCGAUUCAUGUUCAACCCUUACAUGGGAUUAUUUUGAGUAUUUAGAUAGAAAGGAAGAAUUAGCGCAUAUGUAUUUGUUUCUUGGUGGACAUGAACAUGCUUUACAUGAGUAUCGUGAAGCAACCGAAUUACUUUCUAAAUGUAUUCAAGCGUCAACACAACUAGGAUCUAAACGUCCUCAAUGGUUAGAUCGAUUAACACAAUUAUCAUCAUCGGAUGAAGUAUCACAUUAUGUGUGUGAUUAUUCUUUAGAUGUAACCAAUACAGAAAUAAAACAAUCUAGUCGUUUAAAAAAUCGUAACGCUACAUUAUUCGAAUUGAAAAAUUACCUUUUAUCCAGACAAGCAUCAAUAUUAUGCAUAUGUGACCGAUUAAAUGAAUUUCCUGCAUUCGCUUAUCAUACCAUUUGUUCUACAUUGACUGAAAUAAACAUAUUAGAUAUUCAAAUGGAUAAUUUAUUUCGCGCUGUUUGGAUUCUGUGUAUUUGUUUAAAUACACUGACAAAUAUCCGACUAGAUUCAGAUCGUUCAAUGGAUGAUGUUAAUAAAUCAAUUAUUGAAUUAUUGGAUACAGCUUUUUCAUGCAAUAAUAUUUUAGAGAAUAUUAAUUUUACACGCCUUUCAAAGUUAUCAUUUAAUAGGCAGUUGUCGUCGUCGUCAUCAUCAUCAUCUUCAUCACCGACCAUAACAACACAAAGUGUAUUUAUCGAUGCUAACAAAGAUUCAAAUGUUACUAUUUGGUAUAUGAGUCAUUUAGUUGAUAAAAUUUUUACACAUUUUCGUUGUUAUGAAUAUCCACUGUUGCGUAAUACUUCUCAUUUAUCACCUAUCAAUAAUGUUACUAGUUCAUCAACAGAAAAUUCAUCAAUAAUCCAUAAAUUUUCAUUCAAUAAAAUCAAUAAUGAUAAAGAUGUAUUUUGUUCAGAAAAUUAUUCUAUUGAAUUAUGGUUAAUUGUAUUUAAUUAUAUAAAACAAAUUGGACAAUUCAUUGGUUUAUGGUGUAUCAAAUCAAAUUUAUCUAUUCAUCGUGAAAAAUAUUCAUUAUUCAAUAAAAUAAUUACUGAUAGUUUAAUUAAUAAUCAACAAUCAAUAAUUAAAGAUUCUAUUCAACAACAAAAUGAUAAUGGAAAUCAAUUAAAAUUAGAAAUAGAUCAAAUUAAUAUAGAACAAAUACAAUUAGAUCAUUCUAUAUUAUUUGCUCAUAAUCAUUUAAUUCCAUUAUUUACAUCAUCAUUAAUUUAUUCACAAAUUUUUACAUCAAUUGGACAAACAUUAAUUGGUUUUUUAAAAUUAAUACAUUGUCCUAAACGUGCAUAUGAAAUUGUUUAUGAUUUGGCGGAUUUCUUAUUUUCACAAGGAGCUCAUGAAUCAGCUUCAUGGUUAUAUGAGUCACUAAUAAAUCAUUAUGAUGAAUCUUCGUGGAUUGGUUUAGUAACAAGUACACGCAUAUGCUUGGCAUGGUGCUACCAUUCCUUAUGUGUAAAGAAGCAUUUUGAAACUAAAGAUGAUUAUGAAAUUGCUCGAAAAUACAUUCAAAUUUGUUUCAUCUUAGCUGGUACAAAACACUCUGUAUUACGUACAGCUGCUAUUCAUGUUUACAAUAAAAUUCAAUUUUGGUAUCAAACAAUAAAUUUUACACAAAUUUUAUCGAUACCAUCAUUUAAUGAUUCAAUUAAUCCAAAUUAUUGGUGGAAAGAAGCUGUUGAAUUUCGUAAUUCUUUAUUAGCCUAUCAUCAAUGUAUUGUUUUGGAUCCUUAUCAAAUGUCACCAUUGUUUCGUUUAAAAUCUGUUGAAUUGGAAGGUGUUUGUAAUUGUGGUUAUCAAUUGAUUUUUAUUCAAUUAAAGUCUAAUUCAGACAGAACAUUUAAAGCAUCAGUACACAUUAGUGGAUCAGAACCUACGUACAUUGACUGGCAAACAUUGUUGAAUCCAAAUGAAUUUCUGCCUUAUCAUGUAAUGGAUAAAACUAAUCAAUUAUUGAUACCACAGUUAGAUAGCCAACUACAUUUGAUCAAUUUGACUACUGCUCCUAGUAUCUCUGUUGUCAAAAGCUUAGCAGAACCAAAUAUCCAUAGUUCAGUACAAAUUUUAAGACAACAUUCACUCUGUCCAACGAAAAAACGAUCACGUAUAUCAUUCAGUAUUAAUGGUAAACACGAUAUGUUUGGAAAUGAAAAUAGGGAAUCAUCUACUCCUGUUUCAAUUAAAAAUCCACUUUUUAUUUUAAAUCAUGAAGAUUCUUUUGUAAUGAUAAAACCUGGGUUAAAUAUAUUGUCAUUUAUAGCUAACGCACCAGGAUUUUUAAUUCCUGAGAAAAUAUUCAUUAAUUGUCUUGAUGAAAUCAAUACUGAAUUAAAAGAAGCAUUAACAGAACAAGAAUAUGUGGAACCGUCAAUUAAUAGUCGUUCCGAAGUAAAUUUCGUAUCAGAUAUAGAUGGUGAUGUUUUUGGAUCUAGUUGGCGUGAUACUGCAAUGAUGAAAACAUUGUUACCUAAACCAGAGAUUUCAAUAUCAAAUAACUCGAGUGGUAAACGAUAUCCAGUUGUGUUUGGUACAUGUCAACCAAUUCCAAUUCAAUUAAGAUUGGGCAAACUCGGCUUAUCAGAAGAUUGUAAGUUAAGCACAAGUCUAUAUCGUAUUCGUUCAAAUAAUAAAAAUUUUGUAUUCAAGACUAAAGAGGAAACAAUUUUCAAUAAUCAAUCCAGUACCACUGUUGAUGGUGGUUAUCAAAUAUGUAAUCAAUAUAGUGAAAAUGAUUAUUCAUUAAUUUCUAAUUCAUCGGAAAAUCAUCAAGAUGAACAUUUGCAUAAAAAGCAUCAAAAUUUAUUUAGUCAAUUUAUUUUAGAAGAUGGACCAGUUGAUUUUAUACGAGAAUAUAAUCCAUUAUCACAAAGUUUAAAAUGUAAAAUUAAUCAUCCUAUGCCAACAUUUCCACCUGGAUGUUGUUUACAAUUAAGUAGACCAUUAUAUCUAUCGGCUACAUCUUGCAAUGAUCAAUUUGCACUUACAAUGCCUAGUGGACAUUAUUGUAUUCUACCAGUAGAUAUUAUCAAACCACUUGGAUUCAAUUUGAGUAUAUUCCCUUUACCUAAAACAUACGUUAUCUUCAGUCUAAACAUUACUUGUGUGGACACUGACCCAGAUUCAACUAUAACACCAGAAGCAUACUGCAGUCAAAAUCUACUUUGCAAAGACCCAAUAACAUUUGAAUUGUCUAAUAUGCGAUUCUAUAUUUGUGCUUCAAAACUUUACUUAUCCAGACGUCUAGCACUAAGUAGUUCCUUUUCAAAUGGUCAGAACCAACCUUAUAAUCGUCAACUGAAAUCACAUAGCUAUCUCUCGGUGGAAGAUAAUCAUCAAAUUACUGGGGACUUUACUAAGAAUGAUGUCCUAGAAACAGGUUCCGCGGACAAAUUAUACGAUACUGUCAACGAAACCAUUGAAUCUUUAACUGGUGACCUUCUGGACGAUAGAAUCACUAAGGCUUAUGUCACUCAUUUAACACCGUUUUCAAUACCUUGGCGUUUCAAAUCAAUAGAAUAUAAUAAUUUUAUGAAAGUUUGUAAAGAAUCUCAUUGUCAACCAAUUGGACGUUUCGAAUGUACAAUGAAUCGAAUUGGUAGUGUUAAAAAACUUAAUCAGGAUAUAAGAGUGGAUUGUGCUAUUAAACAACAGAUAUAA